AUGACACGAACAUUAGUAGAACCUGUGAAUAACGGGCAACAGGCGGAUCAAGAGUCGAUUGAACGGAAAUUGGAAGAAAAUGCAAGACAUUUGGACUCAUUAACACAUGAGGGAUCGAAGGUAUCAUUCCCUGUGGAUUUAGAAGAGUUACCUGAGCCAGAUGACUCAUUGAAGGUGUUUUUUUUUGAUAUUGAUAACUGUUUAUACAAGCGGUCGACGAAAAUUCACGAUAUGAUGGAAGAGUCGAUACACAGUUAUUUUAAAAGCCAGUUAUUGUUAAGUGAUGAAGCAGCCAAUGAAUUGCAUUGUACAUAUUAUAGACAAUAUGGACUUGCGAUCCGUGGUUUGGUGAAGCACCAUCAAAUUGAUGUGAUGGAGUAUAACAGAGUGGUGGAUGACGCGCUACCUUUGCAGGAUAUAUUGCAACCGGAUCCAGGUUUACGAAGCAUGUUACUAAAGUUACGUAACAAGGGGAAGGUGGAUAAGUUGUGGCUUUUUACUAAUGCAUACAAGAAUCAUGGUUUACGUUGUGUCAGAUUGUUGGGAAUAGCUGAUUUAUUUGAUGGCAUAACGUACUGUGACUAUUCUAAGGAGGAUUUAAUUUGCAAGCCGAAUCCUUUGGCGUUUGAGAAAGCGAAACUUGAGAGUGGCUUGGGACAGUAUAAAAACGCUUUUUUCGUUGAUGAUAGUGCCAUCAACAUCCGCGCAGGCUUGGCGUUAGGUAUACCUAGAUGCACUCAUGUUGUUGAAGAGGAGGUUGACGAGGGUUUAGGGCAAUCGCCUCCGGGAUGCCAGAUCAUUAACAAAAUCACUGACUUGCCCAAGGCCGUUCCGGAGCUGUUUAUGUAG